AAUAGUUCGUUCGCCUCGAUUCGGUCAAAUUCAAACUUUCGUUCAGUUGUUCACUCGCCGCCGCCGCGUUGAUACUUCUCGCACGCGUUCCCUCGCACUAUGUACCAGCAAACCAACAACACAUAAACCUUCCAAAAUGAAGCCGAAUCGGUUAUAACGUUAAUACUUUUAAAAACCCAUUAAAUUUUAGUUCGAAUAUUAUUAUAUUGUGAUAUUUAGUUAGUAUCCACUGUUAUUAUUUAUAUUAUUACCAUGGGUUCAAAUUUUGUUAUAUAGUCUCUUUAAUUAUUAAUAUAAAAGCAGUGCUCAAGAUAAUCUCAUUCCAAGACAUCCAGUAAUUGAUUUUUUAAUUUGAAUUAUUAUUUUAACAUUUGCAAUGACAGCCAAAACUCGUUCGCAUUGGAAGGAAUAUGGAACCGCACUAUGUGCGACACUCAUCACCGCAACCGCGGGAACCUGCUACGGUUGGCCAUCGCCGACCUUACCUUACUUACGGUCCAAGGAGAGUUCUAUACCGACCUCACAAGACGAGGGAUCAUGGAUAGUAUCCAUCAUGAUCCUCUGCUCUGCGCUCACGCCCAUACCUUCUGCGUACUUCGCCGACAGAUUCGGUCGGAAGACUACGUUACUCUUAGGUGCUAUCCCCUUCAUCUUAGGCUGGGUGCUUGUCAUCGUGGCGAAGUCUGUCGCUGUGCUGUAUGUCGCCAGAAUGUUCUCCGGGCUGGGCUACGGCAUUGUGUACACCGUCGCCCCCAUGUACACAGGAGAGAUCGCAACAAAUGAAGUCAGAGGCGCGCUCUCCACUCUCAUUACAUUAAUGAAUAAGGUCGGUAUUCUUGCCCAGUACUGCAUCGGGCCUUUUGUAGACAUGCGUACACUCGCCGCCAUCAACUUGAUCCUGCCCAUCACCUUCGUGGUCACUUUUAUCUUCCUACCAGAAUCGCCCUACUACUAUUUGAAAUUUGAACGCACCGAAAGAGCCGAAAGAUCUCUGAGAAAUCUCCGCACCGGUGAUAUAAGACUGGAACUUAAAAACAUUGAAAUAAACGUCCAAGAGGACAUGAAGAAUAAAGGUUCGUGGGGCGAUUUGAUAUUUGAAGCUACUAAUAGAAAAGCUAUGUGGAUAAGCAUAGGAGUAUUCACUAUCCAGCAGUUGUGCGGCAGCGCUGCAGUGGUAGCGUACGCACAAACAAUAUUUAAGAGCACAGAAAGUAAAAUAGAACCGUACCAAGAGUCGAUAAUACUCGGUUGCGUUCAAGUCGCUACAUGCAUGCUAUCAGUACUUCUGGUGGAUCGCGUCGGUCGGAAACCGCUUCUCCUGCUGUCGGCUCUGGGUGUGGGUCUGAUGAACGGCACUAUAGGGACGUAUUUCUACUUCAGUGUGUGGCACAAAAGCUCUAUAGGACAGCUACACUGGGUGCCCCUGGCGGCUAUCGUCAUCUACAUCGUGUGCUACGCCAUUGGGCUAUCGACAGUGCCCUACGUUAUCAUAGGGGAGAUGUUCCCCACCAACGUGAAGCUAUACGCCUCUUGCAUCGCACACAUCUACACUGGUUUCUCUAUGUUCGCGGUCCAGAAACUAUUCCAGGUGGUGUCCGACUCCUGGGGUAUUUACACAGCGUUCUGGGGCUUCGCGGCCUUCUCCCUCCUCGGGCUGGUGUACAUGCUAAUCGCGUUACCAGAAACUAAAGGAAAAUCUUUCGCCAACAUCCAGGCGCGACUCAAGAGGGACGUGGCCCGCGACAACGCGAGCAAACUGAUGACUGUCGAGUAUUAAACGUAGCUUAUAAGCUAUACGCUGUAGGGAUCAAGUUGAAAGUGUUAAGAAUAUUGAUACUUAAGAUUUAAUGAUAGUUUUACAUACGUACUUAGCGUUUUAUAUACAAAAAUAACUAGCGCUGAAGAAGGUUACACCAUUAGCCUGUAGAGGGGUAUGAGUGGUAGGACGGUGGGCAUGAGGAGGCUGGCGCCGGAGAAGGCGGUGAAGUCCUCGGGGUUGUAGUCGGGCGGCAGGCCGCGUGACGUCACCACGCUGGCGUACAGCUUCGCCGAAUGCUUUGCCGUCCGCGUCUUGUUAGGACUCUUGAAAUCAACCAGGUACAGACCGAAGCGGGACCUGCAAAUGCAUUUACAAUAUCAUGACCAGAGUGAAAAUUAUAACGCGGUUUUGACACA